AUGCACCACAAGAAGAUCGCCUGCAGCUUCAUGGCUGCUCUGGCUGCCUAUGCCUCUGCUGCCGACUCAGAUGUUCAUCAGCUAACCAAGGACACCUUCGAAGAGUUUGUCAAGUCCAACAAUCUCGUCCUCGCUGAGUUCUUUGCUCCCUGGUGCGGUCACUGCAAGGCCCUUGCCCCCGAGUACGAGGAGGCCGCCACAACUCUCAAGGAGAAGAACAUCAAGCUUGCCAAGAUUGACUGCACUGAGGAGUCCGACCUCUGCAAAGACCAGGGCGUCGAGGGUUACCCCACCCUCAAGGUCUUCCGUGGUCUUGACAAUGUCACUCCCUACUCUGGCCAGCGCAAGGCCGCUGGUAUCACUUCCUACAUGAUCAAGCAGUCCCUCCCCGCUGUCUCCAUUCUCACAAAGGACACCCUCGAGGAGUUCAAGACCGCCGACAAGGUUGUCGUCGUCGCCUACCUCAACGCCGACGAUAAGAGCUCCAACGAGACCUUCUCCAAGCUCGCCGAGGGUCUCCGUGAUACUUACCUAUUCGGUGGCGUCAACGACGCAGCUGUUGCCGAGGCCGAGGGUGUCAAGGCCCCCGCCCUGGUUGUCUACAAGUCUUUCGAUGAGGGCAAGAACACCUUCACCGAGAAGUUCGAGGAGGAUGCUAUUGCCUCUUUCAUCACCACCUCUGCCACCCCUCUCAUUGGUGAGGUCGGUCCUGAGACCUACUCCAGCUACAUGUCCGCUGGUAUCCCCCUCGCAUACAUCUUCUCCGAGACUCCUGAGGAGCGCAAGGAGCUUGGUGAUGCCCUCAAGCCCAUCGCUGAGAAGUUCAAGGGCAAGAUCAACUUCGCCACAAUUGACGCCAAGGCCUUCGGCGCUCACGCCGGUAACCUGAACCUCAAGGCUGACAAGUUCCCCUCUUUCGCCAUCCAGGAGGUUGUCAAGAACCAGAAGUUCCCCUUCGACCAGGAGAAGGAGAUCACACAUGACAACAUCGCCAAGUUCGUUGAGGACUUUGCCGCUGGCAAGAUUGAGCCCAGUAUCAAGUCCGAGCCCAUUCCCGAGACCCAGGAGGGCCCUGUCACUGUUGUCGUUGCCAAGAGCUACAACGACAUUGUCCUCGAUGACACCAAGGAUGUCCUAAUUGAGUUCUACGCUCCUUGGUGCGGUCACUGCAAGGCUCUCGCCCCCAAGUACGAUGACCUUGCUUCUCAGUUCGCCGCUUCCGAGUUCAAGGACAAGAUUGUCAUCGCCAAGGUUGACGCUACCCUCAACGAUGUUCCCGAUGAGAUCCAGGGUUUCCCUACCAUCAAGCUCUACCCCGCUGGUGCUAAGGACGCUCCCGUCACCUACCAGGGCUCUCGCACCGUCGAGGACCUCGCCAACUUCAUCAAGGAGAACGGCAAGUACAAGGCCGAGCUCCCCGUCAAGGAGGAGGGCACCGAGGAGGCCGCCCCCGCCGCCAGCGAGGAGAAGAAGGAUGCCGAGGAGGAAGAUGUCCAUGAUGAGCUGUAA